GGCGGGCUGUCCACCAUCAACAUCCGGGGCACCCGCGGCACCGGCGGAGCGCCUGAGGAGGCGCCGGGGCCGGGUGGGAGCCUUGGGGGAUCGGAGGGGUCCGUGGUCGGUAACGGCUCCGUUACAGCCGUGCGGUGUGUGCUGAGGAGAGGGCUCCGGUUCGGUUACAGACCCCCUGACCUGCGGGUGUCCGUGCGCUGAGGAGAGGGCUCCGGUUCGGUUACAGACCCCCUGCCCUGCGGCUGCUACGUGCCCGGCUCGCUGAGGGAGGGGAUGGACUUCACGGAAGCCUACUCGGAUCGGUGCUCUGCCGUGGGGCUGGCGGCCAGGGAAGGGGACGUGAAAGUGCUCAGGAAGCUCAUCAAGCAGGGGUACAGCAUUGACGUUCCCGAUAACAGGGGCUGGGUGCCAGUCCACGAAGCAGCAGCUCGUGGUUCGAGUGAGUGCCUAAGGCUGCUUGUUCGUGCAGCUCCAUCUGAUGACUAUGUGAACUCCAAGACGUUUGAAGGGAUGUCUGCACUGCACCUUGCAGCACGGCGUGGCUCUGUGGAAAGCAUCCGUGUUCUCUUGGAGGCUGGGGCUGACCCCAAUGAUGUUACCAUGGAAAGAACCACCCCCCUGUUCCUAGCUGUUGAAAACGGCAAUACAGACUCUGUAACCUUCCUGCUCCAACAUGGGGCGAAUGUUCAAGGACCCCAUUCCUUGUCUGGAUGGAAUUCUUUGCAUCAAGCUUCUUUACAGGAAUGCACUGAGAUCAUGCAAAAGCUCCUGGAGAAAGGGGCAGGCAAGGAAUGUAAGGAUGACUUUGGAAUUACGCCGCUCUUUGUUGCUGCUCAGUACGGAAAGCUGGAGAGUUUACGACUGCUCAUAUCCCAUGGUGCAGAUGUAAACUGUCAAGCCAAGGACAGAGCCACUCCACUGCUGAUUGCUGCCCAGGAGGGCCACUUCGAGUGUGUGAGGCUGCUGUUAGCCAAUGGGGCAGACCCAAACCUCUACUGCAACGAGGAUAACUGGCAGUUACCUAUUCAUGCAGCUGCUGAAAUGGGCCAUGACAAGAUACUGGAGUUACUAAUCCCAGUUACUGAUCGAAUCUGUGACAAAGGCAAAGGCAAGGUGAGCCCUGUGUAUUCAGCAGUGUAUGGUGGUAAUAAGGAAUGUCUGGAGAUGUUACUCAGAGAAGGCUACAGUCCAGAUGCUCAGGAGUGCCUUAACUUUGAGUGCAGGUCACCCAUGUGCAUGGUCUUCCAAAAGAAGCAUUUCUAUUUCAUUGAUACUUUCCUGAAAUAUGGGAUCACUUUACUGGGCAUUAACCUGGGCUAUUGCCUGUACCAUGAGAAGUUUGCUUUGUUCCAACGCUUCUUGAAGCUGGGUUGUUUGCUGCCUUCUGGGGACCAGCUCUGGGACUUCCUGAGCUACACAAUUCAAGCCCAAGAGGCGUACAAGCAGUGGCUGCCUUAUCUGCUCCUGGCUGGUUUUGACCCAGUGAAUUUAAUGCACAGACUCUGGAUUUUAUCCGUGGGAGAUAAUGCCCUUAACUUCACCCUGGAGUUCACCAACUGGAAGAGACUUCCUCCAGCUGUGGAGCAAGACCUCUCGGAAUACAAGGAGACAUUCACUUGGACUCCAAAGAGCCACUUUGCCUCCAUUCCCCCCCUGUCCCACCUCUGCCGCCUCGAGAUCCGGGCCAUCCUAAGGAGCGAGCGCCUGCGGUCGGACCGCUGUAUCCGGGAACUGCCACUGCCAGCUUGCCUCCAGGACUACCUGCUCUACCUGGAUGUGCUGCGGGUCAACGGCAUCCCAGAAGCAGAGGAUUACCUGGGGCAGAGAGAGGAGGGAGCUGCUCCUUCCACUGAAGAUGGAGAGAGGAGGGACACUUGUGCCACUAGGAAUACAUGAUGGCGCUGCCAGGGACAGAACUCUGGCUGCAGAGUUUGUAAUGGGAGUUAGCAGGCACUGCACAGAGCCACUGUAAAUAAAGUAGUAGUAACUCUGCCCACACUGUAGUUUUGUAUCUAGAAGUUUGUUUAAAGUUCUAGGAUUCAUUUGGUUACCAAGUCUGUUGGAAUUUUAUAAGUCUGGGUUUUGAAAGGAAGAUUUUAACUCUUAUGGAGUAAAAUGGGUUUGUUCAAUGAACAUGGCUUAUAGUGGUCAAAAUCUGUUUGGUUUAUGGAGUAAU